CAAAAAGAUAUAGAAACCCCAAUAUAUCAUUUUAUCCACAAACACACACAAAACACACAGCUCCACCAAUGGCAACUUCAUCUUUUUUCAAUUGCACUUCACUUUUAACCCCAAUCAAACCUAUCAGAGCAACCCCUUCUUAUUGUAAUUCCACAACUGUUUGUAUCUCACAAGUUGCAAAGAAACCAACCCCAAUGAACCUUUCAUCAUCGCACUCUUUUUCUGGCUUAUCUCCACUCAUUUCAAACAAAACCUCCUUAAGUGUAUCUCAAAAACCAAAAUCUCUCACAAUUGUAGCUGCUAAAGGGUAUAAAAUGAAAACCCAUAAGGCUUCUGCAAAGAGAUUUCGUGUAACGGGUACCGGGAAGAUAGUGAGAAGGAGAGCCGGGAAGCAGCAUCUGCUUAGAAAGAAGAAUGCUAAGAGGAGAACACGCCUCUCUAAAACGGUACAAGUUGACCGUUGUGACUACAACAACGUCAUAGGGGCUUUACCGUAUCUGAAGGUUAACAGAUCUAACUAGACAGUGGUUCUUCUACACGCCCUGUUUUGACUAUAGCUGCAAGUACUAUGAAGAGGCAACUACUUUGUUAUUGUUAAAAUUUGUUACUACUCAUCUUAUUGUUGUAUUUAUGGUUUUGUAUUGGAGGCCUUUUGACUUGUGCUUUAUUUCAAUGUAUAACCACUGCAUAUAACCAAAUGCUAAGUGCCUAAUUUACUGUUCA